AUGAAAAAUUCUUUUUGCCGUGUCAAGACCGCCAAAGAUCCGAACUCCUUCAGGAGGACGCCCUGCUCAGUCCAAGCCAUGUCGACGCUGUGGACCAGUUCACUGUCCAGCUCACUGGUGCAACGCCGGAGGAUGCCGCUCAGCGUCCUGCAGGAGUGCGAGGUGGCCCAGCCAUACUCCGAGUCUGAGGCCCUCAAGCCAGACCGAGACGCCGCGAGCGGCGAGUCUGUGGUGGUGUACACAGAUGACAGAGAGGCAGAGGAGACCAAGACCCCUCGCAUCCUCCUCGGCACGCUCCUCGGCCUGCUCCUCGGCCUCUGCCUCCACAUUCUGGCUCAGGGGCUGGCUGGCCUCGAGAAGAUGGCCCGCCGCGUCGGUCUCGACCGUCGGCGGUGGUCGGCAAAGGACAAGGUAGUCGUGAUCACGGGCGCUUCGUCUGGCAUCGGAACGAGCCUCGCCCGCACCUACGCUGCGGAGGGUGCCAAGCUGUCGCUUGUUGCGCGGCGGCGGGCCGACCUCGAGCGGGUGUGCGAGGAGUGCAUGGCCCUCGGCGCGAGCAGCGCGCAGGCGGUCGUCGCCGACAUCUCCACGGAGGAGGGGUGGGCGGCCGUCCGGGGCGCCGUGCCGGCCGCCGUUGACCUGCUGGUUCUCAACGCGGGCAUCGCGAUGGGCGCGCCGUUUGUGUCGCUCUGCGAACAGAACCAGGCGAUGGGCACAAUGAAGCGCCUGAUGGAUGUAAAUUACAUCGGCUCCGUGGGAGUGCUCAACGCGUGCAUGGGUUCGAUGCGGCGCGCCGAGGGCGGUGUCCGCCUGCUGGUGGUGAGCAGCGUCGUGGGUCUAGUCGAGGGCGUGCCGUGGCGUACAGGGUACGCGGCCUCCAAGUUCGCGCUCAAGGGCUUCUUCAACACGCUGCGCGUCGAGCUCGGAAUCUCGGAGCCGGUCCCGCCGACCGUCACGCUCGCGUAUCCCGGCGCCGUCAACACGCCCGUGAACAAUGCGCGCCUCGGCACCGGCGACGGCGCGGUCGACCUCGACCUGACCAAGAAGAGCAUGUCGCCCGACCGAUGCGCCGCCAUCAUGGUGGCCGCCCACGCUGUCGGGCGGCGCGACGUCUUCUACUCGAUCGACGGCACGCUCGCUGGCGCCAUCAAGACGCGCCUCCUCCGCCACCUCGCCUUCUUCUUCCCCGCCGGCUCGGACAGGGUGCUCGCCAGGGCGAUGCGCGUGGGCGAGAUGAGCAGCAAGAAGCCGGCGCGACGACAGCUCAUGGCUGUGCUGCGCGGCGCCGGCCGACUCGUCAUCGCGGGCCAGCGCUGGGCUUCGGACGAGGUCGCGGACGUGUCGGGCCGCCUUUCGGAGCGUGUCUCAGGGCGCUUCUCCGAGCGCGUCUCGGGGUGCUUCUCCAUCUCGUCGUCGCGCGGCAGGCGGGGCAGCGGCGGGGAGCCCCUCCCCCGUGCGCGCUCUGGGCUCGCGUUGACCUCAGACGCGGUGGCAGAGGCAUUUGACGAAGCGCGGGAGUAGACACGCUCUUGGGAGUACCUCGACUCUCGGGGCUCUCGUUGACCGUCACGCUCGAUCAUCACGCGACUCUCUAGAGUCUGUCCGUCUCGCUGUCCAUGUCCAUCGUUUUUGCAUGUUGGUUGGGUUUAUCCCAUGUGUGUUGUGUGUGCGUGGAGUGCCAUGCAUGAUCAGUGGCCAUGUGAGU